AUGCGCGACAUCCUCCCCGGGCGGCCGCAGGCAAAGCUGCAAGCUGCCACACACGGACUAUGGGAGGACCAACAAAUUAUCGCCUACAUCUCUGGCAACGCGUUGAUAAUCCUUGAUUCGCCGAACCACGUCCUCCAAACCACCUAUAUCGAUGAGGAGACAGAGCUCGAAGCUGUCUGCCUUGAUGAGAACACAGGCAAGGUCGCAGCUUGUUCGACCCGAAAUAUAUACAUCUACCAGCCUUACGGGCAAGAUGAGGGCGCAAUCAAGUGGUCGCUCCAGGGCAGCAUGUCACUGCCCGACGCCGACGAUUCGAUAACCACACUGUCAUGGGGCAUGCCCAACGAACUACUCGCUGGCAGCGCAUCCCUCACGUUGUUCACUACCCACGGCGCAACGGAGCAGAUAUGGACAAAGCAACUGGCGAAUCCGGUCAAAUUCGCGCACUUCUCACCAGACGCGGAAAUGAUUGCGUCGACGGGAAGAUAUGACAGGCUCCUCAAAGUAUGGCGGCGCAUCUCGUUUGGUUCGGCGGACCAGCGUUUCGACUACUUCUAUCUCCCGCAUCCGAUGGUUAUCACUGGCAUACACUGGCGCAGACCAUUCCACAAAGACCAGACGACGGACAACGUUCUUUACACUAUAUGUGCCGACUACAAGGUGCGGAUAUGGACCAGCGACCAUCAUGGCAUAGACGGACUGGGGCUAUGGAACGAGGUAGAUUUAAUGGGAUCGAUCCAACCGCGGUCACUCGACCAGCAAUCAGAGAAGAGAUAUGCUUUCUUUAUCGACGGUCGAGAGUUCACACAUGCGACAGAGAGAGCCGUGGAGCAGGCUACGAGUGCGGAGAAGGACCAAGUGGCACUACAUCAUCUUGUUGAGAUCGCCAAUCGCAACCCAGAAAUAUGCGUGGUUUUGGACGACCGUGGCAACAUGUCCGCGUGGGGUUUCGAGAACGUUGGCUCGAAGGUGAAGAAAGUGACUGAUGUGUUCAACCUUGCUCAUGUCGAGGGGUUACACCUACACUUUGCAAGUGGCGCUAGCGGCCUGCAGGAUAAUGUUCAAUUCUACGCUUUCUGCCCUAACAAACCGAAUUCGGUGUUCACUAUACUCUCACAUCACUUUGAUGGACGUUUGGAAUGGCUGCAAUCCCGGAUGGAUCACUUCUUUGAUCCCUCUCCUUCCCAGCAAAAUCGGAUCGAUCGUAAAGCUACCUGGACCGGCCAUUCACAUGCAAUCAAAAAGGUCAACCGUACGGCUAGCGGCCGAGCACUGGUUUCGCGAACUGUAACGGAUGAAUGCAUUGUCUGGGUGCAGCGACCGGCCGAGAUUGGCAUGACACUUCAUCGGCAUAGCACUGUGAGCGUCACGGAGCACAUCCACCGAACAGCGCUACUCCAAGACGGUAAUUUCCUUGUCUUCUUACACCACGAACACAUCGCCUUGUGGGAUACACGGGGGCCUAUGGCUGUUGAAGUCAAUCGGGUCGAGUACAAGCUGCAAGGAAAACCACUUUGUUUGAUAGUCGUACCAGAGACGCAACCCGGUGGCCAUCUGGUGCACAUCGCUACGAUAAGCUCGGAGAUGAAUAGCAUUUGCUGGGAGGUGCGACUCCCACUGCUGAACAGAGAUCCAAUCACGAACCGCAAAUAUUCGUUCUACGGAUCAUACACAAACGGAUAUACAAAUGGACACCGCGAGAUCGGUAUCGAAGAAUACUCUACAUUUGAUCUUGGAUCUGGGGACGAUCUUGCCUUCGUGCUGCCCGUCGAUCCUGCCGGUUCCGCACCAGUCAUUUCCGGCUUCCUCGAUACCUUUGCUCGCGAUAUCGCCAUUUCGUAUACCAAGUCGGGCGUCAUCAGGUCUUGGACAGCGAGGGUGAAUCAGGACAAGGGCAAACUCGAAUGGCUCGAAACAUCGACUGUCGAUACCAGUAUCGCAAAUCCUUCGCUUGCAAGCGGUACAUCGAUACGUAAAGCGGCACUCGUGGAUGCAGAGCAAACCACGCUCACGAUCUGGAACACACGAAGCGCGCAGCUGGAAUACCAAGAGACAUUUGAAGGUAACGGCAUCAUUCAGGAUCUCGAUUGGUCUUCCACUCCAGACAAUCAGUCUAUCCUUGCUGUUGGCUUUCCCCACCGCGUAGUCAUCUACGCGCAAUUGAGGUAUGAUUAUCUGAACGCCGGUCCUUCAUGGGUGCAAAUUCGUGAUGUACGCAUACGAGACAUCACACCCCAUCCCAUUGGAGACUCGGUCUGGCUGGGCAGCGGAAACCUCGUCAUUGGCGCUGGCAACCAGCUCUUCAUCCAAGAUGAGCACGUCCAGGUGUCGGAGGGCUUGUUCCCUAGUCUUCGCAUGAUCUCGCGCCAGAAGGCCUCUAUCGAUAUCUUUACGGCUGUUAGCAGGCUUAAUGGACCUCUUCCAAUUUAUCAUCCGCAACUGCUGUCACAAUGCGUUCUGGCAGGGAAGUUGCUACUCGUUCAACGCAUAUUGAUCCGGCUGUUUCAAAAGUUGAAAUUUUGGACCGAAGGAGAGGAGCUUGAGAGCUCGUUAGGCUUCUUGCCGGAAGACUUUUCGGAAGACGCCGAGACACAGAUGACGACGUCACGGCGGGACAUACAUUCAUCGUACGCCGACUUCUCGGAUGACGGCGAACCACAGGCAGUGACUGAAGAGGUCGCCGUCCAGCUCAAUGAACUCCUUCAAACGAAACAGAUACCACUUCUCUCAAGCCGAGAGCAAUUCCAUCUAGCGGACAUCACCGAAUGCGUGGGCAUGGUCGAAAAGCAUCGUCGCUCAAUCGACGAUAAUGCUGGCCGCUUCCUUCUCUUCUUCCGCGCACACGCUCUGAGCGAUGCGCAAGCGCCAAUCUCGUGGCGGGAGAUUAUAUGGGCAUUCCACUCCCAGAGUCAAGACAUCUUGGUAGAUUUGGUUUCUCGGCAUUUCAACGGCAAGAUGCUUUGGCAGCAUGCAAAAGAGAGCGGAGUGUUCAUGUGGAUGUCUGACAUUACGGCAUUACGUGCUCAAUUCGAAGUCAUCGCUCGUAACGAGUACACGAAGACCGAGGACAAGAACCCAGUGGACUGCGCACUUUACUACCUAGCGCUCAAAAAGAAGCCCGUCCUCCUCGGCCUGUGGCGCAUGGCAACGUGGAGCAGAGAGCAACCCGCCACCCACCGCCUUCUCUCCAACAACUUCAACGAAGAGCGCUGGAAAACCGCCGCCUUGAAAAAUGCCUACGCCCUGAUGGGCAGGCGCCGCUUCGAAUACGCAGCUUCGUUCUUCCUACUCGCAGACCAUCUCCAGGAUGCCAUGAAUGUCUUGCACAACCAGCUUGGCGACACACAGCUAGCCAUUGCCAUAGGUCGCGUCUACGGUGGCGACGACUCUCCCAUUCUGCUAAACUUCCUCCGCGACAAGAUCCUCCCGCAAGCCGCCCGUGAUGGCAAUCGCUGGCUAGCUACCUGGGCAUUCUGGCUACUAAAUAGGCGCGACAACGCCGUCCGAUGCCUAGUUACACCGCUCUCGACACUCCUCAGCCCGCCCGAAACACCAAAUUUCAAGAGCAAGAGCUACCUCACCGACGACCCUGCACUUGUCGUCUUGUACAAGCAGCUCCGCGAGAAGAGUCUGCAGACACUCCGAGGCGCAUCUAUGGUCGGUUUGAGAGAAGAGUGGGAGUUUGUCCUACACACGGCAGGCUUAUAUGAGCGCAUGGGCUGCGAUCUCCUCGCUCUAGAUCUUGUCAAAACAUGGGAAUUUCUCGCACCCCCACCCGCAUCACUCAAACUCGCCAACCGCCCGCCUCUCAGCCCUGCCAUCCCGCAUAUGUCUUUCCACGCGCGCAGCGCGAAUCAAUCGGCCACGGACUUUGACUUUGAUCCGAGGAAGUUGCUGAGAAGGAGGAGCUCGCUUGUUGUGGCGGAUUUGCCGGCAAGGGAACAUGUAGCCAAUGUGCUGGCAGAAAGCAAGGGAAGUAUUGUUGAGGUGGGGGAUGAAAGUGAGGAAGAAGAUAAAGAUGGUAAGGGUAACAAAGAGGAUCAGAAGGUGGAGGAGAAGGAGGAGAAGAAGAAGCCGCCGCCGACGCAGUUCCAGGAACCAGAUGCUAGUAGUUUAUUGGACUCUUUUGGAUUUUAA